AUGAGGAAUCACAAGAAGAGAUUUCUCUACCCUUUCAACAGGGACCACUUGGACCGUCUGGACCGCCACCUCGAGAUGGCGAAUGUGGCCCUGCAUGCCGCUCUCCAGAUGGCUGAACUGGAAAUCUCUAUGGUUACGCAGACAUUAAUCCAAGAAAUCCAGCUGAAUGCUUCAACAUCUGACUCAACAGUGCUUCGGAUUGAGGAAAAGCUCGACAAGCACUUUUCAGUGGCUCAAGAGAACAACAUGAUUAUGCAGUCGGACUGUUGCAAAAGCUGGUUUCAAAACCGCACACGUUAA